GCAGCAACAACAACAUGCCGAAGCUGCCCCCUAUUUCUCGCUUUUUCCUUCCUCCCUCGUUCUGGCUUUCCACAACUUCUUUGCAGCCCGUGCCCUCCCCCUUACACUCCGUUCCCUCCACACUUGUCUCUCUCCGGAUGAAAGACUCUGAGCUGCUGCACCGUGUGUUGUUCUCCAGCUUUUCCCACCUCGCAGCCACUCCAGCGCUCUUUAUCCAGGAACGCUGUCGAAGAAAUUCUGCCUCAGACUUUCCCUCUGCUGGACUUAAGCUGCCCAGAGAAAGAGACAACGGAAAGCAAAGGGAGAGCGCGCAAGUGUAUAGUUUAGUAUAGUUAAGCAGGCAAAUAGAGAGAGACACAAGAGAAAGCAAGAAGAGCAGAGUGGGCAAUAAAGGAUGGCAAGUUGAAGAAGAGAGAGAGUGAGAAUAGGGCAGAAGAAAAAGGAGUAAGUGAAGUAAAGAACAAAAAGAAAAGGAAGGGAAGAGUAACAGCAGCCAGCACUUUCUCCCUUGUAGCCUCUCCCUUUACUCUUUCUCUCUUUUUAUUCCUUUCCGCCGUCAGCAGCAGGAGAAGAAGACUUUUUUUGAUUCAGGUUCAGGGGGAGGAGAAGCAGCGUGACAGACUCUGGGAAGCAGAGUCACGCUUCAGGAGAGUUUUGCAGGAGAGGAAGAGCGACUUGUCUUCUCACGGCACUGGGACUCAUAACGGGACUUAACUCGGCUACAAAACCACAACCAUAGUUGGCAGUCGGCCGGCCACCAGAUAACACUGAGCGGGCAGUGCCGGCACAAAAAGAAACUUCACAGUGGGACAGACCAAGAGAAACAGAGAGACGAAGAAGAACAAGAACACUGGAGAGUCCAGUGCAUUCCCCUUUUCUUCCACCCCCCGGUCUCCCAUCCUCUCUCGGCCAAGAUGAUGAUGUACUUCUGGGGUAACCAAGAGGCCCCAGCUCACCCUGAAGCCAUGGCUCAACCCUUCCCACCAGCCCAGUACCCUACUCCACCACAGAAUGGCAUCCCUGCUGAAUACGCCACAGCCCAUACCCACCAACCCGCCGACUACACAGGACCAAGCACGGUGACCGAGCACGCCCUAACACUGUACACGCCCACACACUCACACAGCGAACAGCCGGGGAAUGACAGCAACACCACUGCCCUCCCAGCCAACACAGUAACGGCAGAAGAAGUUGUACAGACAGAGGGCUCCCAACAGCUCCACCUGGAGCCCAUUGAUUUAUCUGGAAAACAGCAGCCUAAAAGGUUACACGUCUCCAACAUCCCUUUCCGUUUCCGAGAUCCUGACCUCCGGCAAAUGUUUGGGCAAUUUGGAAAGAUUUUAGACGUGGAGAUAAUUUUUAACGAGCGGGGUUCCAAGGGCUUUGGGUUUGUAACAUUUGAAACAAGUACAGAUGCUGAUCGUGCACGGGAGAAACUAAAUGGUACAAUCGUAGAAGGACGAAAAAUUGAGGUAAACAAUGCCACAGCCAGAGUAAUGACCAACAAAAAGGUGGCAAACCCUUACACAAAUGGCUGGAAGCUGAAUCCAGUGGUUGGAGCAGUAUAUGGUCCUGAAUUUUAUGCAGUAACAGGCUUUCCGUACCCCAGUACAGGAGCAGCCAUGGCCUAUAGAGGGGCCCAUUUGAGAGGGAGGGGCCGGGCCGUCUACAACACGUUCCGUGCUGCACCUCCUCCUCCGCCUAUCCCUGCCUAUGGAGCUUUGGUCUACCAAGAUGGCUUUUAUGGGGCAGAAAUAUAUGGAGGUUAUGCAUCUUACAGGUAUGCCCAGCCAGGUGGCACCGCUGCAGCAACAUACAGUGACAGUUAUGGCAGAGUCUAUGCAACAGCAGACCCAUAUCACCAUUCGAUCGGUCCUGCGGCCACUUACAGUGUAGGCACUAUGGCUAGCCUUUACAGAGGAGGGUGCAGUCGCUUCACUCCCUACUAGAAAAGAGGGAGACACGCCCCCUAUCCUUCCCCUGCAAAACAGACAAAAAUUACUGCAAAAUCAGUAAAUAACCAUGUUUUCCCUCUUUAUGGAAAACAAAAUGAUCCCAAAUGGCAAAUGUGAUCCUUAAAUGCAAUUGUACUCAAGUUGCUUUCCUUUUUAUGGUGUUCACAUUGAUAUUUAAUGAUGUGAUGUUUUUAUUUUGAAAAAAAACAAAACUCUGUGUUGACUUGAAUGUAUUUGUAUUGAAAUUUCUGUUGGAAAAAGACAACAUUAGUCAAUGUGGACAAAGAUGGGAAAGAGUAGAGAGAAAACCUCAAGUCUCCCCCCUAUACUCUAUGUAUCAAUUAGUCAUUUCCCCCGUAUACUGUACUGUCACAAUGUUAAAUCAUUCCAUUUUCGGAAACAAAUUUCAGAUUGGAUUUAUUAAAUUAGUGGCACAACCAUUCACCCCCUGGCACAAACUGGUUCCAUUAUAAGUGGGCCAAUAAUUGGAGCUGAGUUUCAGACUGUUUUGAUGGGACUUUUGAGCUUUUUUGCCCAAAAGAGGGGAAACUGUAAAGAAAUAGGUACCAGUAGGUGAUGUAUUAUGAAAUUAAGAAGAUGAGAGGAAGAGUGUUAUAUACUACUGAAUGUUAACACAGAAGGAAGUGAUGUAUGGCUGGAUGGAGCAGGCUUAUAGGAUGAACACCAAACAUCUUCUCACUAGAUCAGGUACUCAAAUCACAUACUAAGCAAUAAUCACACAUUUGCCAUUGUGAAGUAAACGAAGCAUUUGACCUCCCUCAUCAUUUCUUCUAUUUUGUAGAUGUGUCUCACAUAAAUGUUUUAGAUCAUCACUCUAAGUUCAAUAUUAGACAAGGAUAGCCCAAGUUAACACAAAGUACAGUUUUUGAAUGAUCUAAUUUAUUGUAGGAUUAAAGGGAUCCAAACCUACCUGCACCAGUGUGAAAAAGUAAUUUCCCCUUCAGUUUCCAUAUUAACCAAUUGACAAAAUGUAUUUGAUAAUUGGGUUCAUUGUCACACCUUGGCAUGAUCACAGUCAGACCUUCUCAAUCUAAACCUCACUUAGAAGAAGGUGAAGUGACAGGAAUAUCUCCAAACUAAAGAAGUUCAAGAACCGAUGCACAACAUAGUCACUGAUAUCUAUUAGAGUGGAAAUAGUUACCAAGCCAUAAGGCUCUGGGACUCAAAUGAACCAUGAGCAGAGCCAAUAUCGACAAGUGGAGAAAACUGGAACAGUGGUGAAUCUUCCCAAAAGGAAACAGCCUAACAAAAUUCCUCCAAAAAAAAAAUCCAGAUGAACAUUUAACUGCUGGCCUCACUUGCCAUAGUUAAAGCCCCAGUGUGUAAUUUUUGUACUUUUCUGGCGGCAUCUGGUGGUAAAGUGGCAAACUGCAACCAACUGAGCAACCGACGGGGGGCAUUUUAUGGUGGCUCUAAAUAAAAUGAAGGUUUUGGAGUGGCCUAGUUGAAGUCCUGGCUUGAAUCCAAUCACUUUUUUCACAUAGGUGUUUUAGAUCUUAAUUUACACUUCAAUACCUAUCUUCAAUAAAUUAAAUUAUCAAUUGGAAGCUGCAAAUAGAAAAAAAACCACACAAAGCUGUUGAAGCAGCUUACCCCCUUCUCUCACUAUAGGCAGUGGAUUUCAUCCCUUAACUGUUAGAAAGCAAUGUUUGCAGUUCACAAACAGCCCAAAUAACUGCUGGUUUUCAGUUCAAAUGUUGAACUUAAAACAAUUCAAUUGGGAAAUGGGAAACCUAAGUCAGCAAAAUAAAAGUAAUUUUGAGACUAUUGUUCAAAAUACUAACAGUUGAAAAACAUAAUGAAGAGGACAAACAGAACAGUAUUAAGAGUCUUACAAGAGAUUAAAUAACGUAUAUCAGAUUUCAUAUACAAAUCCUGUAAGGUUGAAUUGUAGGUUCAGGGCAAUGCAAGGGACAUAGCUGAUGUCAGUGACUGUUUCAUGGAAGUGAAACGGAAGUAACUGUGUAAAUUUCUGUGUGGAUUGAGCACUUUGAUACAUUCACAGAACUUACAGUACAUAGCACCAGGAGCUGCUUUAUAAAUGACACAGAUAUCUCACUUUAUACAUUAUGGGACCUUUAAUUUAAGGAUUAUAUCAGCUUGAUACAUCAGAUGACAAAUCAAUUCAAUUAUAUUUCGUAUAGCGCCAAACAUAGUUCACUUCCUGAUAAAACUGAUUCCUUCUUCACUUUACAAUUAAAAAGCAUUUACAGAUAUCCUCUCUGAAACAAAGAGCAUGGUCACAUAGUACAAUGUACAUUCAGUGGUGAUGGGAUACCUAAUGUUUCAAAUAAAAAUCUGCUAUGUGGGUUUUCUUUUAUCGGCCACUCAUCCAUGCACUUUAUAUAUAUUUUUUUUAAAUAUGUUUGUCUUGGCUGUUAGAGUAAUUUGCUUGUUUUUGUCUAUCAAAGAAAGAGUGUAUCUUAGUGUUUAUAAGUCUAUUCUUUAGAGUGAUAUUAACAUAAGAGACUAAUUCUACUAAAGAGGAAAAUAUAUAUUGAAAGAGAAAAGAAUUUGCAAUGUUCUUCGUUUUGUAGUCAUAUAUCAGUGGUUACGGGCUAGUCAACAGCAACAUUUUCAAAGACAUUUAACUGUGUUUUGUUUAGAUCAAAUUGUAUGUCUUUCUAAGGGGUUAUGGUCACAUCACUGUGUGAGGUGUGUUUUGUUAAACCACACUACAUACUACUACUGUUUAUAUCAAUGUUUCCAAAAUAACCUCUACAUCUCCUUGCUAUUGAGAAAAAUGAGUUUUUUUCAUCACACAAACACGUUUGAGCAUGAGGAAAAAAGAAAGAAACCGGUAUUUUAGGUUCCCAUACAUGAGAAACAAAGGUGGUGGAAGGUGGGUUAGGGUCACUGUUACUGUACAAGUUUAUUUUUCCUCCAAAAUUGCUAAAAAGCUUUCAUAAAUUGCAUAUCUCCUUAAAUUACUUUCCUAUUUUACCCAUCCACAAAAACAGGACAUACAUGACAUUAUCAUGUGGCAUCAUCUGCUUCUGUUGUCAUGUUCGACAGAAUAGGAAUACAAAGGACCUCCAGCACUCAUGUGACAUAGCAGUAAUUUCAGAAAAUGCCAAAAGAUAACUUAGUUUUACAUCCAAUGAACAAAGCCCUAUAGUGGUUGUAGUAACUAUGACAGGAGCAAAGCAGGAAGCCAGGCGAUGUCGCUACAGAGUCCAUGUAGAGAGGAGGAUGGGGUAGUCGGAUGGCUCGACAAACUAUUCAACUUAACACAGAAGACCACUGUUUGUUUCCCAUUACAGACCAAUUGUUUCUUUUAACCAUGACCAUGAUCAUACUUUAAACGUAACCACUUAUUUAAUAAUGAAACCAUGAUGAGGACGGUUCUCUAACCCUGGAGAAUCAGACACAAUGGUAAAGAUGACAAAUGGUAAGCAAAUAAAUCAUGCCAAACCAUCACUGUCACUUGUCACCUCGCACUGUGGGCUUUUCAACGCUGACAUGCAUUGCAACGGGAUUGAUCAUUAGAAUUUGAAGAAUUUUCAGAGACAACCACGAAACAGCAUUUCCAUCAAAAAUGUACACAACUUUGUUACAAGCCAACAGGUCCAGUAUUUUGUCAGCAGCUUCCACACCUCCCCUCACUGGUUGUUUGGUCAGGUUCAGGCACAAAACCCACUAGGUUAGUUAGGGUGUGGGUUGAGAAAGAUCAUGGUUUGGGUUAAAAUGCACUAUUUUGUUAAGGACAGGGAACCAUCAACAUGAUACCUCUUGAGUAAGGUUAUCAAAUUAUCUUGGUCAUGGUUAAACCUAUGCUGACAAUUGUUUAUAAGAAAUGAACAUGACAAGGUUUGGUGGCUCAAUAAUGACUUCACACUCUUUCCUUUGUUAUGAAUAACAGUCAUAAUUUAUAUGGCAUCCCCCAGGACAUUUCAAUCAAGUCAAUUUUAGGCAUUUGAACAGACAACUGAGGAUUUUUACGGUGAGACACCAGCUAACUUAUCACUUUAGUGAGCUUCCACUAACAGAGGAGCAACAGAUCUCUCAUUAACUCAUAGUAGGGCUCAUCAUAGUAAUGUUCCCAGUCAGGUGCAGAUGUAGUAACCAUAUCAACAACAUCCAAAGAGUUUUUUUUCAAAUGUUUUUUCUUUUUUAAUUUCUUUUAAUAUUUUUGUGCUCUCCUAUUAUUUCAAAGACAUGGGUUUUCGUGUCAAGGGAUUUUUAUAGAUACAUGUUUUAUACGAAAAGGUAAUCAACAAAAUCCUAUGUUGUUGAGUUUUAAACGUGCUGUUUGUAAUUCAUUUGCUUGGUGUCUUGUAAAUGAUAGACUGAUGUAUCAAAUUAUUUGAUUUAAUGAGUGUUUGUUUAAUCUUUCAAAAGCAAUUCCAUGUCAACUUUUACUCUAUAUUCACUUUUCUUGUUUUCUCUGAUAAACUUAAAAUAUGCCAGUGUGCUCAUGCCAGUAUCUGAUAAAUAUGUACUAGGCUGUAUAAUUGUACAGGACAUCAAGAAUCCUUGUUUGUCCAUUAUCAAUUAAUGCUGCAUUUAUUUAUUCAUGUCAUUGUCUUUUAACGUUAAUCAUAUCCAACUGUGUAUCCUCAAAUUUCAAUAUACAUCUUAAAGGUUCACACUUGGGUAUUCCUUUCAAACAUGCUCAUGCCCACUCACACGAGGUAUUUCAAGGCAGUAAAACUCUGGCUUUUGAAAUUUCACUGAUGAACCCGCUUCAUGUUUGAGGAGUUAUUUGAAACUAAUUCUGUUCAGAUGAGGUAGUCAUACUCCCCUCCAAUUCAAUUCAUGUACAGGCAGGUGUAGAGAAGGGAGAGGAAGCCUGUAGGGAUUUUGUGGAGGAUGGUACAGUAGCUGUUGGUUGUGGUUGGCAAUUACGGGGAGCAUAGGUUUCUCAACACAUUAACUUCUAUGGUAGGUAUUUGCAUACCCUGAAUAAUAUAAUUGUCACCUCAGCACAGCUCUCGGAUAGGUGGCCAUAUCCCUAUGAGAAGCCUCUUCCCUCAGCCCCUGCUGGUCUCUACUUCCUUUCCUCCGCGAGCCCCCCUCUGAGGCUCCUUUUCUGCAGUGGCCCUGGAAUAAAAAGGGAGCAGGCAACUGCAGCUGCCAAGUCCUGUCUCGCUCUCUGUAUCUCUUCAGAGUGUCUUGACCAAGCAACUACAUGGUGAUGCUGUAAUUCAGUUGUUUACUUCCCUCUGAAGAUCCAACUUCCUCUUAAAUCUCACACACACGCAUCUCCUUCCAAAAACUCAUUAUACUCCAGAGUAAAAUAGGUUCUGUCAAGAUGAGAGACUCCCAGGACUCAGUCUCCCUCACUCCUCCUCUUCUCUCCCCCUGCUGUUGGUGGAGUGUGAUGUACUUUGCUGAUAGUUCUCUCUUUGUAGAAAUAUCAGAAUUGUCUUAUACAGAUCAGAACACUGCAGUGAACACUUGUGCCUGCAGCUACAGUAUAAAGCCUCUGAGAUGGUCGAAAAUAAUGCUUAAAGUGAGGUUUUGUGUGAAAUAAGUUUUUCACAAGUCCUCCAACUCUUGCGACGAACUAUGUCAUAUGUGCUAAAAACUAUUGACUGUUUCCUAAAACAGCGCCUUUACUGGUGACAGAAGGUACACCCCAAAUACUUUUUCACCUCAGAGCAUUUUGGGCUUUACCAACACAUGGUGGAGCUUGUAAAGGUAAUGGUAGUGGUUAGGGUUAGGGUUAUGUAUAUAUACACCCAUAUGUACUGUAUAUAUAAGUAGCCAUGAUUGACAUUAUACAUGCUGAGGGUUGUGUGUCUGUGCGCGCAGGGGGAGGGAUGUGUAUGUGUCAGAUGGCAAGACAGGAGAUCGUGUCAGGUUCCACUCCUGCACAUGAACAGAAACCUGAGCCUGAAGAUGAUAGGCUCAGAAUCUCAGAGUCAACAGCAUCAGUCCAUGGACCCAACCUGCCUUGUGUCAACAGUCCACACUGGUAGUGGUGGUGUGAUGGUUUCGGGAAAGUUUUCUUGACAUAUUUUGGGCCUCUUUUACUUGAAAUCCACAGCCUGACAUUCAAACAUAACCUCUAAGUGUUGUUGCUGACCAUGUUCAUCCCUUUAUGGCCACAUUUACCAUCUUCUAAUGGCUUUUCCAGUGGCAUAAUGCCACGUCAGAAAGCAAAAGUCGUCUCAAACUGUUAAAAUUAAAUCACCAGCAACAGGAAAUAGUGGAUUUGCUCUAAUCAACAAAAAGAGGAUAGACUAAUGUCACUCUAUUAGGAACCUGGAUGAAAUGAUAUAAGAAUAUCACAUUCAAGAACAGAAUGGGUGGUCAUCAGUAGGAAACUAAUUUAACUGAAAAGAUGUUUCUUCAGUUACUCUGGCCUCACAUCUUUACGCAUCUCCCUGCAUCUUCAGUUGGAGGGGACUAAGAUGUAAGGAGGAAAUGCCUGUGAUCUGAGAUUCAUCUAUUUAAAUAGAGAAUACAUCCAUCUUACAUCACCAGUAAUAGUAAUUCAUAAUGAUCAAAUUGAUUUUGUUUGACAUUAAAUAUAUUGACUGUAAAGAUUUAGCAGAUACGUUCUGUUUGGAGGUUUUGCAACCUUGCAGAUACAUUGAUUAAAAACUUCUUCUCAUUAUGUUGAUUAAAGUAUAUUUUCGUUAAGAUUUAUUUGGGAACAAAUACUGUCUAGGUGAAAAAUUGCAGAGCUAUUAAAAUAUAUAUAUAUAACUACACUGUAUUAUAUCAUGACAGAAUAUUACGACAAGACACAUGGAUCACACUGAUUCAACAAGAUCCUAUUUUUAGCUAAUCAACAAACAAUUUAGCCUAAACUUCUGUCAAUCCCUGCUGCUGACUGUUGAACUUGGUGAACAUUACCUUGCAUUGAUCAAAGCUGGAUACACUUAUAACUAUAACUGUUUUUUGAAAUGUACAGUGUGAUCUUAAGUAGUGGAGUUGUUUCACAAGAGAAUGAGAUUCCUGCAACAUCAAUUGAUGUGUUUUGAGUGAUCUGGUACUUUUUGUUCGGUUAAUAGGAAAUUUCAUUGGUGAUGAUGGUGCAGCUGCUUUAAUCACAUUGUUGUAGGCAGUGCAUAUUGUAACCCUUCCUCUACUUUUUACUUGUAUUCAUAUUUUACUGUAAAAAUAAAGUAAACCGUAUUUCUUUUAUACCACAUAAAAGCAAAUUUACCUUCACCCCUGUAGAUUAAUGUCUUACACUU